GUAAAAUCCCCCUCUUGAAAUCAUUUCCUAUUUCCUACAUCAUCAAACAAAUAACUUACAAUGAGAUUCUCUAACAUCACCCUUGCGACUAUCUUGGUCUCCACCGCCCUCGCUGCCCCAAUGGCCGAGGCUCAGGCUCAGGCUCAGGCUAUCGCCGUCGCCGUUGCCGCUCCAAAACCAGAAGCAGGCUUGGUCUCCUGGGUUGGGGGCCUUGUUUCUGGUGUUGUUAACGGCAUCGAAGAUGUUGCCAUCACCCUUACUGGUGGUACCCCUCAGAGCUUCAACACUAACGCCUUCGGUACCAACUUGGUCGCUCUUGGCCAAAGAAUGAAGCUGGCUAACUUGAAAUGUGAUGAGUGUGAAGGUGGUUCUGGACAUGGCGAAAGCAUCUUGCAAGAAUGUUUGGAGUGUAUUGAAGCUGUUUGUGAAUGCUGUAUUAACGUUAUUUUUAUUGCUUAUGAGACUAUAGAGGAGGUUGCUGAAGCCUUGAUUGGUGCCGGUGGGGACUUCCAGCGGAACAAUGUGCGGAACCUCAAUUGGAAUGCCCUUGGUGAUUCGUACUCCAGAAUGGCCAAGAUUGCUCCACCUACUAUCUCCAAGACCUCCAUUAGCGAUGCCGGUAGUCAGUUGGUUUCAUGGGGUAACUCGGCCAAAUCGAACAAGAGAUUGCCUGCAUCCAAAUUGAAAACUCUUAUGCAUGGUACUACCCAGCUCCAGAUUCUUACCCAGGGUUCUGCUCCUUCUUGGUCUAUUGGUAAGAGAUACACAAGUGCUGACUUUGGUAAGAUGUUGAUCAACUACGGUAACGUUUUGAACCUGGGCAGCGUUCCGGACACCAAGUUGGCCGCUAUCAAUGGUGUUUUAAAACAGUUCAACGAUGCCAAGAUCUUUUAGGUUGUACGUGGCAAUUGUUGCGACCAAAUAUACCCCAUUGAGCGGUCCACCGCGUUUUUCUUGACGUUUACUUUUUUUUUCAGAUUUCAGAUUUAUUCAGAUUUAUUCAGAUUUAUUGUUUGGCAG